AUGGUCAUGGAUGCUACACAUUCGGCAGCACACUCAGCACGAUCUGUUGGUCGUGAAUUUGUUCGGCAAUAUUAUACAUUGUUAAACCAGGCACCUGCUCAUUUACACAGAUUUUACAAUCACAAUUCAGCUUUUAUACACGGUGGUUUGGACAACACAGACCGCGAUGUUAUUCCUGCGGUUGGGCAGAAAGAAAUUCAUCAGAAAAUUCAGGAGUUGAAUUUCCGUGAUUGUCAUACUAGAAUUAGUCAAGUUGACUCUCAAGCUACUCUGGAAGAUGGAGUUGUCAUUCAGGUGACUGGUGAAUUUUCAAAUGCCGGCGAGCCAAUGCGUCGUUUCACCCAAACAUUCGUAUUAGCAGCACGUGCUCCAAAAACCUACUACGUGUUGAACGACAUUUUCCGCUACCAAGACCUUGGUUUUCCCGACGAGGAAGUAGAGUUGGAAACAGAGCCAUCCAACGACAUUCCGGAGCGUCCUGAGACUGAGGAAGGUCGCUCUGAGGUUGACGAGGAUGACCAGGGACAAGGACAGGCGCCAGUCCAAGUGGAGCAUCAUAUUGCUCAACAAGCAGCUCAACAACCUCUUCCUCCCCAAGCUCAGCCGGUAAUUCCGCCCCAGCAGAUGUACUACCCUCCGACCAGUAACCAGAUGAUCGUCGUAAAUGGAACAAUCCACGACCCAGAGGCGAUGAUGAACCAGCAGCCACCAAUGAUGCCCAUUCCUCAGCAACCGGCAGCUCCAUUUGUAGAACCCGCUGCGGAGUUUACUCAGGAAGAAGCUCCUGUUGAGCAGCAGCCAGAAUCCCAGAGUGAGGAGACUCGUGUUGAGGAACCUCAGGAACCACCCACGGAGAACUUCAACCAGCAGCCGGUUAAUGAAGCCGAGAAUGAGCAGACCGCUUCCUCGGGAGUUAACAACAAACCCAAGUCUUAUGCCAGGACUGUCAGGUCCAAUGCUAUUGGUGGAAGCUGCAACAUCAUCCCCAAGACCAUGUCACCGCCUCCAGUAUCCAACGUAAGAAACGAGGAACGGCCAUCAAUCGACGUGUGGAACCAAAACAACACCAACAUGUCGUCGAAUGUAAUGUCUUCUGGACCAGUACUGCAGCACCAGUACAACAGAAUGCAGAACUCUCAGCAGCAGCCCCAGCCACAGCGACCUCGAGUAGGUCCACCACAAAAAGACAACCGUGGAGGUGAAAGACGUCGCGACUGGCCUGACCACCAUCAGCUCUUUGUAGGAAACGUUCCACACUCCGCGACUGAAAAUGAGCUGCGCAUUAUUUUCGAACGCUUCGGCAAAGUCGCUGAUCUGAGAAUAUUCUCGAAGGGCAAUGAGCGUAGCAAAGGACCUCAAGGCUCCAACAACUCUAUGCGUGGUGUUCCUCAUUAUGGCUUUGUUACUUUUGAAGACUCCAAUGUUGUUUCUAAAGUACUCGCCGCUUGUAAAAAAAAUAAACCGAGAAUACCUGGUGACAAUAUGAGAAAUCAGGAUAAUAUGAGAUCAUCAAUGGGUCCUCAACAACGUGGUCCAGGCGGCCCAGGAGUAAUGCGAGGUGGCCAACACCCACGAGGAGGUCGCGGUGGAUUUUCCCGCGACGGCCGCGGUGGAAUGAGACAACCGGGAAUGGGAAACACCGGUGGCUACCAAAACCGCCGUUAA